AUGGGCUCCCUCAUGGCGGGGUGGGACUGCCCGGUGCAGGACCAGGAGACAGGUAAGGAGAGGACCAACAUGCUGGCUGUCACCGUUCUUCGUUAUCCUUCUUUUCUUAUUGGUUUCAUCUCUUUCUUUCUCUCUCUCUAUGACGCAGCUCGGAUGGAGAGGAACAGAUCGCUGACCAAGGAGGAGAUCGAGAGCUUCUGGAGGGUCCGCAGGAGGAGCAUCGAUGGGGAGGAGGGGGAGGAGCUGCGGUCUCCAAGGAGUCCUCUCAGUGGCGGCGAGGCCGAGGCCGAGACCGGGCGCCGGAAGAUGGCCUUCCUCUGGGGGACCCUAGAGAAGACGGAGCCCUCGUUCCCCGUCGGCAAGGACGCCAAGCUCACCGGCGACUGGUCUGCCCUCACCUCUCUCUCUCUCGCUCUACCUCUCUCUCUCUCUCUGUACCACUCUCUUUCUGUCUCCCUCUCUACCUCAAUUUCUCCCCCCCCCCUCUCUCUCUCUCUCUCUCUAAAGAGCCCGCUGGUGCAGGUGGACGAGGAGCAACUGGGCGUUCCUGAACGAGCCACCGCUGGAGGAGGCGGCGGAUUCGGCGCACAAGUACACAGCCCAGUUCCACAUCGCCCAGAUCGCCACGCCAACGCCCCCGGCCAAGGAGACGACGCUUCCUCACGAUGCAGCCAGCCCCCGCAGUCGUGAUCAGUAA